AAGUCUGUCCUUAUCACCUUCUGCCAAGUCUUUCUCAGACUGCCUCUAGGCUUUGCCCCAGGAACUAUCAAGCCUCUACACUUUCUUACUUAAUUAUCCCCCUCCAUUCUUUCCAAGUGCCCCAGCCAAUUCAAUCUUCUUAUCUGGAUAAACAGAUUAAAUAUAUUAAAGUUGGGAAAAAACAGAAUGUAAAAACGUUUUUUGUUCUCUGUGUGUUUUUUCUACUGAACUAUCUAAUUUAGGCUUUUGUUUUAGUCUUUUUAUAAAAAAAAAUAAAGUAUGUCCACUGAAGAAAUUGCUGAUGUUCAGCAUGAUCAGGAGGUAUUCAGGAGCACCACUUUAAUUUUUCUCAGAGCACCAGAAGUAUGCUCUCCAGUGGUGCGAAGUCAACAUUCAAGAGUCAAAGUGACAAUGUGUGGACAUACAGGAAAAGUUAGAAAAGUGUUUGACAUUGAAAGAGAAUCCUUUAAAAAACUCUGUGAUAUUCCAAGCGAAUACUCAUGGGAUUAUAUGAAUGCUAGUCUUAGGAAUGUUUUCAAGUUUCUUCGUCGUGAUUAUGCAGUGAUAAGUAAAGAAUCGCUUGCAGAAAUCAUUCCUGCAUAUUGGUGUAAUGUAUUUAAAAACCUUCUCAAAGAUACAUGGACUGAAGUGGAUGAGGAUUUCUAUGAUCUUUUACAUUCAGAUAAUUAUUCCUGGAUGCAGUAUAUAGUUGAUCAUGCACUGGCUAAUAUAACCCCACCCGAACAGUUAAUGCUUGUUUCAUUUAUGGGCUUAAGCAUAGUAACAUAUGUGACAGAUUUGGGGUAUGAACAGAUGCGACAAUGUGUUAGUAAUGACUUGUUGUAUUCAAUUUUCAAAUAUGUUUUUCCGCAUUUGCGAUGUUUCGACAAUAAAACGAACAAUGCACGAAGACUGCAAUCCUUGUGCUUAUUUGUUGUGUACAACUGUGCAAGAAACCCUGCUAACAGAAGUUCAUAUCGAAGCAGUUCUUUUCUUGAUGGUGCCCAAUUUUCGCAAUCUGGAAUUUCUUUGAAGGUGAAGGAUAAAGUUAUUUUUCCAAAUGAGAGCGUCUAUGAAAUACUGAUGAAUAUAUUUGAUGUAACCAAACAAGUGCUGACAAACACCAAAUUCCAGGAAGAUGUUGACAAGGAGUAUAUGCAAAACGUGCACAUUUUGGCUGUCCUUAGCUUGGCGUAUUUGUUUGAGGAAGGAGUUGAUGCCAUGCAAUUUUCAGCUACUGAUGAAAUUAUAAUUUAUCUACAGAGCAGUAUAUAUUCUGCUCUUAAGUCGCCAACUUUCAUCCAUUUGACUUUUUCGUUAGAAGAACUGUUAAACGGGUUGGAAAAGCUUGCUGUGAAUAAGGAUAACCAAGAGAGGAUGAUUACACACAGAGUACUUGUAUUAUUGUUAAAGGUCCUUCAACGCUCUGACCUUCCAAAUUUAGCAUGUGCAGCUGCUUUAAAAGUGCUAUGGCAGCUUUCCUUCAAUCAUGCUUCAAAAAUAAAAGAGACCUUAUUAGAUGUUAUUUGUGACCUUAAGGAACACAACAAUGAUAAUAUACGUGAAAACGCUGAAGGUGUUAUGUGGGAGUUGGAAGAUCGAGCAGAAAAAAAGAUCUCUACAUCUGGACCUCAGAAACACAUCAUGCUAAGCUAUUGUUGGGCUCAACAAGAUGUUGUCAAAAAAAUUGCUCUGCUGUUAAAAGAAAGUGGUUUCAAUUUGUGGCUUGAUAUUGACAAGAUGACAGGGUCAACAAUAGAUGCGAUGGCCGAGGCCGUUGAAAAUGCGACCAUAGUUUUAAUGUUUGUGUCUAGAAACUAUAAAGAGAGUGCUGCUUGUCAGUCAGAGGCAAAGUAUGCAUCGUACCGAGGGGUACUGAUAAUACCAAUUAUGCUGGAAAACAACUGGAAGCCUGAUGGUUGGCUCGGUUUAAUAAUUUGUACUUUGCUUUACUUUAAAUUCCCUGAAGAUAAUGAACUAGCAUUUUCAAGCAAAUAUCAUGAACUUCAUACAGAGAUUAUUAGAAGGUGCAAAGAGAAAGGUAUUGCUAUACCAGGAGCGAAGAAUGUGGCAACAUCAAGUGUGAAUGCCAUGCAUGUAAAUAAUUGGACUAAAGGACCAAAGGGAUCUUCCUUAGAACUUCAGAAUUGUGUAAGAAAGACAUAUGUGGAUGAGCAUGUCGAACCAAGUAUUGAAAACCUGGUUCAAGGGGGAAAUGAAGAUUACUUCAAAGAACUGGAUUCACUUUGUCCAACUAGUCAGAAGACCCCAAGUGGCAAUGCAAACAUGUGGAACAAGCAAGAAAUUUGUGAUUGGCUAGAACAAAAUAAGAUCGACAGAAACAAGUUUUCGUCCAACUUAACAUUGGAUGGUGAAUUGUUAAAAUUUCUUUAUGAACUACGGCUACAGCAUCCAGUACAGUUUUAUAAAUUCUUGGAAAACGAUUUGCAGCUGAAAUCUUUGGAGGACGUGUCAAGAUUUGUGAUUGGUUUGGGAAAGUUACAGUUUGAUUAAACCAAGAAUUUACCAGUAUUCCCAGCAGUGGUUAUACAGCAGCACAUGUCACACUAACAGUAUCGUUACCCCUCCAUAUUGUAUAAUGUCUACAUUUAUAUUGUGUUAGGACCAACAAUGAGUAUGUUUAUUAUUUUUUAUUGACAAUAUAUUUCAGGAUAAAAUGCUCUGCUUCUAUAUUCGUCUUUUGUAUUUAAAACCGGUUUGAUGUAAUUGAUCAUUAGCGCCUCAAGAGUCAUUAAAUGAUAAACGUUCCGUGUUGAUGAACAUAAAAUUGAUACAUUUUCCAUUGUUAAAAGAUUAUUGCAAUCGUCGAAAUGCUUUCCCACCGGACCAGUUCUUUUAUGUUUCUUAGGUCGUUUGAUUAAAUGUCGGCUCGUCUGACAUUUAAUCAAACGACUUAAGGAACAUAAAAGAACUGGUCCUGUGGGAAAGCAUUUCGACGAUUGCAAUAAUCUUUUAACAAUGGAAAAUGUAUCAAUUUUAUGUUCAUCAACACGGAACGUUUAUCAUUUAAUGACUCUUGAGGCGCUAAUGAUCAAUUACAUCAAACCGGUUUUAAAUACAAAAGACGAAUAUAGAAGCAGAGCAUUGGUAAUAAAAACUUAAUUACCUUACUCUCUUCUAAACUCGUUUUGUUUUUAGAUUUUCUUGUAAAUUUGAUUUGUUGUAGUGUGAGGUGUAGUUUAUGUAUGAUAUGUUGAAUAAUUUUAUACUUGUUUUUAACUGUUUUUAACAUUAUUUAUUUGCUUUUAGACCUGAGGAUGGAUAAUGUUUAUCCGAAAUAUAUUGUCAAUAAAAAAUAAUAAACAUACUCAUUGUUGGUCCUAAUAUUGGUAUUUUAUCGUGAAGCCACAAUGUUUUUAUCUUAUUCGUUAUUUAUAUUGUGUUAUGUGUAUCUUUUUAGUUAGUCUAAGCUUAGAAUCUUUUUCUCUUAAUCAUUAUAGAGAUUUUUAUGAUUAUUUUAUUAUGGUUAAGGUAUUUUUUAUUCUUUAAAGAGUUUUAAAUUUCGUAAAAAUGUUCAAUUCAGUUGAACAUGUAUUUUAAAUAUUUAAAGUUUCUGCAUUUUUGUAUGAAAAAAUUGUUAUUUAAUAUUUUUAUGUGUAUUUAAUUAUAAUCUUAACAUUUUAUAGCUACGAUUUUUGUAUUUUUGCAUGAAAAAAUUGUUGUUUAAUAUUUUGAUGUGUACUUAUUAUUUUGAUGUGUAUUUAUUAUAAUCUUAACAUUUUAUAGCUACGAUUUUGGUAUUUUUGCAUGAAAAAAUUGUUGUUUAAUAUUUUGAUGUAUACUUAUUAUUUUGAUGUGUAUUUAUUAAAAUCUUAACAUUUUAUAGCUGCGAUUUUCGUAUUUUUGCAUGAAAAAAUUGUUGUUUAAUAUUUUGAUGUAUACUUAUUAUUUUGAUGUGUAUUUAUUAAAAUCUUAACAUUUUAUAGCUGCGAUUUUGGUAUUUUUGCAUGAAAAAAUUGUUGUUUAAUAUUUUGAUGUAUACUUAUUAUUUUGAUGUGUAUUUAUUAAAAUCUUAACAUUUUAUAGCUGCUAUUUUUGCAUGAAAAAAUUGUUGUUUAAUGU